AUGGUGUUUUCAGCAAAGGUCUUGCUAACUACAGUCAGUGAGAAGUUUCAAGAGAAGAAAGUCGCAUUAAAACGUGUAUUCUCAAGUCGCGAGAAUCUCGUUCGAGCGUUGGAGGUCAAUGAGACUGCCUACGGUCGCACCGAAGAACGCAGCUUCUGGAAGAAUGAAGACCUCGAUCUUACACCACCGUCCCAAUGGACUUGGGGAUGGUAUGACUUCGCAGCUUUCUGGUGGAGCUAUGGUUUCAGUGUCGGCGUAUGGAGCGUUGGGUCUUCAAUGGUAGCAAUGGGAUUGAACGCCUGGCAAUCCAUCAUCUGCGUUUUCAUCUCCCAUAUGCUAGGGGCCAUCGCCAUAGCCUGGCACUCCAAGAUCGGUGCCAAAUGGCACUUUGGAUUCCCUGUUGAAAGCAGAGUCAUGUGGGGCAUGUACGGCAGCUUCUUCCCCAUUGUGAUACGACUCCUUGUCGGGCAGAUCUGGACCGCGGUAUUGAUGAUGCAGGGUGGUUACUUCUUGUCCAUUUUCUUCCGCUGCGUUUUCGGCCACCACUGGCACAAUCUCGAAAACACCAUCCCCAAAAGCAUGGGCGUAACGGUCCAACAACUCGUCGGCUUCAUCCUCUUCGCCGUCGUCACCGCGCCCUUCCUGAUGCUCCGCCCCCACCAAAUGCGCCGCCUCUACUCCAUCAAAUCCGUCGUCCUCCCACCUGUCGCCAUCAGCCUCUUCGCCUGGUGCAUAGUCCAAGGCCGCACUGCCAGCGCCUCCGCAGGCACCUUCAAAUCGCCCAUCCCUAAUCCCAAAGGCGCCGCCCUCGCUUGGGCCAUGCUCUCCGCGAUUAACUCCUGCAUGGGCAAAACCUCCUCCAUCGCCGUCAACCAAACCGAUCUCGCGCGCUACGCCCGCACGCCCGGCGCGCCCUUCCUCUCGCAGCUCAUCUCCCUCCCCAUUGGCAACACGCUGUGCGCCACCCUCGGCAUCUUCGCGACGUCCUCCACGCAGCAGGCUUGGGGAGUCACGCUGUGGAAUCCGUGGGACCUUUGCUCGGCGAUCUUGGACCGCCACUGGAACUCUGGGUCGCGCACUGCUAUUGCGUUCGCGAGUAUAGCCUGGAUGUUGUCCAUCUUCGCAAGCUGCAUGGGCGUCGACGUGUUCCCCUUCGGCGUCGACGUGACGGCGCUGUUCCCGCGGUGGCUCAACAUCCGUCGCGGCAUGUAUCUCUGCUAUGCCAUCGGCCUUGUCAUCUUCCCCUGGAAGAUUCUACAGAGCUCGACGACAUUCCUGCGGUUCUUGGGCGGGUAUAGCAUCUUCCUUGCGCCGCUGGUGGGGAUCUACAUUACUGAUUACUUUGUUGUGAGGAGGGGGAAUGUGUGGGUCAAGGAUCUGUAUACCGCGGAGACGGGGGGCAAGUAUUACUAUGUGUGGGGCGUAAAUUGGCGGAAUGCAGUAGCGUUUACGACGACGGUGGUGUUUCUGGUGCCGGGAUUUGCGGCGCAGUUUGGCCACGAGGUUGGGGUUGGGUGGGAGCGGUUGUAUAGCCUAGGGUGGGUCAUGGGGUGGGACUUCUGCAAGGAAGAGAGGAAGAUGCGAUUUGAGGAGAGCUAUGAUACUCAGGGUAUGUUCUGUGCGGGGGUUGUCGAGGGUGUGGGUGCGGAGGGAGACCAAGAGAAAAGACCUGAGCUGAAGGGCGUGACGGAAGAAAGCAAGGUCAGCGAGUUGUAG